UCCCGGCUCCCCGCUCCCCCGCCGCUCCCCGCUCCGAGCCCCCCGCGCGUGCGCCCUGCGGCUGGAAGCCCCGCGCCCCUCCCCCCGCGGCCCGACUUGGUACGGCCCGGACGGCGGUUGGCGUCCUCCGCGGCCCCGGCGAGCGGCGGGCUUUUCAAAUCUCACCUUCGGAGGAGUGGCGGCGGCCCCGGCGGCGGCGCUGGACAUGGAGGGGCCGAGCGGGAGGGGCCCCGAGCUGCGCCUGGCGGGCCUUCCCGCCCAGCAGGUGAGUCUGGCCUGGUGGUCGAGGCCCCGUGUCUCGCCUUCAGCCGCGGCCGGAAACAGGGAAGGGCCGCGAGGCCGCCCUUGCGAGGCUCCACGGGGCCCGAGGUCUCCUCAGCCGCCACGGCCCCGACCUCUCCCGGAGGAGGCGCGAAGGGAAAGCGGUGGAGCCCGCCGGCGCGUCCGGGCGCACCUGCCCGCAGCUCCCGCCGCCCUCCGGGGCUCGGACCCCCCAACCCCGAGGCGACGCGGGGGGCGGGGCAUAGAGGCUCCGGCCUGCGCGAGCGGCGCGCCCGAGGCCCGGGGAAGACGGUUUGCUCGACGGGAACACGAGCCCUGGAGCCGCGGCUCCUCAGCACAGAAAUUUGAGAGGGCGGGGUCGGAGGAGCGACCCGCCGCCCGGGAACUUCAGGAAAAGGACUGCAAUAUUCAAGAAAAAAUAGAUUUAGAAAUUCGAAUGCGAGAAGGAAUAUGGAAACUCCUUUCUCUGAGCACUCAGAAAGACCAGAUCUUGCAUGCGGUUAAAAAUCUCAUGGUAUGCAAUGCUCGAAUAAUGGCUUACACAUUGGAGUUACAGAAAUUAGAAGAACAGAUUGCAAAUCAAAUUGGAAGAUGUGAUGUAAAUUUUGAAAGUAAAGAACGAACAGCAUGUAAAGGAAAGAUUGCCAUAUCAGAUAUUCGAAUACCACUAAUGUGGAAAGACUCUGAUCACUUCAGCAAUAAGGAACGAUCACAGCACUAUGCCAUUUUCUGUUUAUUCAAAAUGGGAGCCGAAGUUUUUGAUACUGACAUGAUGAUUGUGGAUAAAACAAUCACAGAUAUAUGUUUUGAAAAUGUAACUAUAUUUAAUGAAGCAGAGCCAGACUUUCAGGUAAAGGUGGAAGUAUAUAGCUGCUGUAUAGAAGACUCUUCCAUAACCAACACACCCAAAAAACUAGCUAAGAAAUUGAAGACAUCUAUAAGUAAAGCAACAGGGAAGAAAAUAAAUUUGGUGUUUCAAGAAGAUCAUGAAACAUGUUCGUCCAUUUCUGGUGCAAAAUAUAAUUUGCUAGCUCAUGCUACUUUGACCUUGGAGAGUGCUGAGGAUAGCUUUAAGACCCAUAAUCUGUCUAUUAAUGGAAAUGAGGAGUCUUCAUUUUGGCUUCCCUUAUAUGGCAACAUGUGCUGCCGACUAGUCGCCCAGCCAGCUUGUAUGGCUGAGGAUGCAUUUGCAGGAUUUCUUAAUCAGCAGCAAAUGGCAGAAAGCCUGAUUAGUUGGAGAAGGUUGUAUUGUGUUUUAAGAGGGGGUAAGCUCUAUUGUUUUUACACUCCAGAAGAAAUUGAAGCUAAAGUGGAACCAGCUUUGGUAGUGUCCAUUAACAAGGAAACCAGAAUUCGGGCAAUGGAUAAGGAUGCCAAGAAAAAAAUUCAUAAUUUCUCUGUCAUCAACCCUGUUGCCGGACAGUCUGUAACUCAUAUUUUUGCAGUGGACAAUAGAGAAGAUCUUCAGAAAUGGAUGGAAGCCUUCUGGCAGCAUUUCUUUGAUCUUAGCCAAUGGAAGCAUUGUUGUGAAGAACUUAUGAAAAUUGAGAUUAUGUCACCACGGAAACCACCUUUGUUCUUGACAAAAGAGGCGACCUCAGUCUACCAUGAUAUGAGCAUUGAUUCACCUAUAAAACUUGAAAGUUUAACUGAUUCAAUACAAAAAAACCUUGAAGAGACAAAUGGACAGCUUCUUGUUGGUCAGCAUGAAGAAUCCUCACCACCUCUUUGGGCCAGCCUCUUUGAUGGUAAUCAUCAAAUGGUUAUCCAGAAAAAGGUAUUAUCUCCUACAAGCAAGCAGUUACAUGAUGGGAAAGGGAAAAAAAGACGUGCUCCCCUUCCUCCUUCUGAUCAAGCUCCGUUCAGCUUAAAGACACAAAGCAACACAGACCAAUUCGUUAAGGACAACUGGGAAAAAACAAGUGUAUCUUGGACCUCGCCUUUGGAUUCCAAAUUAUCAACCCUGAUGCAUCACUUGCAGAAACCAAUGGCUGCUCCUCGAAAACUUCUUCCUGCCAGGAAAAAUAAUUUAAGUGAUGGUGAACGCAUGGACAGUAAAACCAGUUUUGAAGCCAAGCCAGUUCCAGCUCCAAGGCAGAAAUCUGUCAAAGGCAUGCUGGACCCCAGAUCAUGGCUGCAGGCACAAGUGUAGGAGACCCUUAGUGUACAAAGCAUUUAACAAAAUCUGUAGCUGUUAGGCUUCAUUCAGAAACACUGGAGAUGCAGCAGUAUGUAAUCAUGUUGGUAAAUAUGGUAGCGAUUUACAUCAAUAAUUAAUAAGCUGUUAGGUAUAAAAAUGCUUUAUAAUGAAGAGGUAGGUUUCUCUUUUACUUCUGAUCUUCAGAAUAUAAGUGAUUUCCCUAGUAGAGUAUAAGAGGCAGUUUCUAGACAAUAUCCUAAUUGUUGGAAGGGUUAAUUUAUUCCUAAAUUUGCGCCAGCAGUGAGCAAGCACUAGGCAGAAGAAGGCAUUAAAAUUUCUUUGGGGAGAGACUGUCUAGUAAUUUAAAAUGGGUUAAAUAUGAGCCAUAUUCUCAUUGUGAAAAUUUUAAUACUAAUGGAAUGUUUCAAAAGUUUUAUUCAAACCACAAAUUAUAGAAUCCACCCAAGAAAAUUUCUCCUUAGCAUUCUGGAAUUCUCAUCUAAUGGUUCACUGGCUCUCAUCUAUUGUUUAACUCACUAGUUAACUCACUGACCUUUCACAUUCCUGGGAUAAAUUUUAGAAUAUUAAAUUCUUCAUCUUUAAAGGGAAUUUAUAAUGUGCUAUUCAAAGUUGUUUCCUUGAUGAGCCCUGAAAUCCUGUUGACAUUAACUCUCAUAAGUGAAGCAUAGCAUUUAUUAGUUUAGAAAAAAGGUAAAUGAAAUGUUCUUUAUUUCCACUUUUCUAUGCAUGGUGCUAAUUUCCAUUGUGACAUUGGAAUUUGGGGAAGUGAGUAGCUGAUUAACACCUUAAAAUUCAUUUAAUACUUAUUUAAAAAGCAGAUGGCUGAUUCAAAAAUAUCAGAAAAGUUGGCUAUGAUAAUAAUUUUCAGAAGUAAUCCUUUUAAAACAUUUUAAUUAAAUUUCCUUUUUCUAGGAAGGGUUGAUGUCUGCUAUUGAUAUUAUUCAUUAAAAGUCAUAUUCUUAUAACAAUGACAUCGGAAUCAUUUCCAUAGGAGGUAAUUUCCAUAGCAACUAAUCAUAGUGACCCAAACAGGAUUAUGAAAUCAAGUGAGGAAUAAAUAACAAGACAAUGAAUACCUUAAAGGAACAAAAACUGCAUUUUAAAAAUAAUAAUGCUUCUUGUAAACAAGAACUGAGUAGUUUUAAAAAUCAAAUCAGAAUUUCCAAAUAAGACAGUAUCCAUAAGGUGUCAGCAAUGGCACAAAAAAAUCUAAAAUCACACUGAACCCUAAAUGUCAUUGCAAGAAAUAAAAAUACAAGAAUUAAAUUACUGCCCAGAGUAUAAUCUCUAGAGAUAUUUUUAAAGCUCAUGAGAUCUCUAUUUGUAUCAGAACUACAUUAUUACAAAGUAAAAUGAACACUUGACAAUAAGUAACAUUAAUUUAAAUGGAGCCUUUCAUUAUUUUUAGAUAGCAGUCUUUCUUCAUUUAUAUAGAGUGAUGUAACUGCCAGGUUACUUUUGUGUUUGCCGGGUACUCCCAGUAAGAAUUGCGACUCAAGGGAGCAGUGAUUCAAAAGGUCUCUUGUGACCAGCGACACCAGGAUAGACAUAGUCUUUGAUGAGAAGGAAGCCCAUGUGCUUGCCUUAGAGGAUUGUAGAGACAAUCACAUGUAUGAAAACCUGCAAAGGUAGGAUUAAUUUGUUUUUUCUAACGAGUAGACUCUCAUCAGUUCUGUCGUGGUUGCUAAUUCAGUAAAUGACAUAUUAAAAAUCUGCAGAAUAUUAUUGUUGAAUUUUUGUUUAUUUUUUAAAACUCAUUACUGUUUUUGACAGCAUUUGUGACUGUCAAUGCCACUAAAUUAUUGAGCUGGAAGAUGCUGCAGGCAAAAUCGUUUCUGAAACUGGCAUCUAAGCAUUUUUUUUUUUAGUCGAAGCCUUCCUUAUAACAACCAGUGUUAAAAUUUCCAAAUUAUAUUCUUGUCAUUUCCUCAUGCAUAUUAUAUCGAGAAAGAUUUAAGGUGUACUGGAAAGAGAAUUUAUUCAUAGAGAAACUCCCUAGCAGUUGUGCCCUCAGUGGGACACUUUGAAACAAGGCUGAGGCCCUUCUUCCUAGAAAUAUUUAUCCGAAGCCUGAACCAAGGACCACCUCCCCCCACAGUUAUUCAGGCUGUUUCUGGAGCCCAUCUUACUGUAUGCUACAGAGCUUUUGGCAUCAGGCUGAAGGCUUCAGCUUCACUUCCUUUAACGUAGUGUUCAUUAAAUGUUAGUUCACUUCCCCCAAGAGUUAUAAUACAGAGUCAGGGCUCCCUCCCUUCCUUCUCUCCUUCUUACAGGGCUCCCUCCCUUCCUUCUCUCCUUCUUACUCCCUUCCUUCCUUCCUUCCUUCCACAGUUAAAAAAAUCUAAAAAUACUUAAACACUUUGUCAAGGAGUUCGUCAAAAGAAGUAUUUGUUUUCUCAUUUCCUAAACCGGAAGUUUAUGACAGAUAAAAAUAUGUCAUGUAAUAAAAGACGUUUCAGCUUUUUAUGA